AUGUCUUUGCAAGUCCGGACGUGCAGUAGCUCCAGCGGCAGCGAGAGUUGCUCUGACGGAUUGUUUAAUUACGAGAUACACGAGGAGAUUGGCCGUGGCUCGACAUCUGUAGUGUAUCGUGCGACGUGCAAGCGUGGCCGGCUACGCAAUCGUCUGGUCGCGUUGAAGAAGAUUAUACUUGCAUCCCAUAAUGGCGAAACGGAGGUAGCUCACUUGGCGCCCUCGACUGCCCUGCAUCAAGCACUCCAUCAUCCGUGUAUUGUGUCCCUGCUCUCCACUUUCUCCACGCCGUCCAGCCAUUAUCAUGUAUUAGAACUGUGCUCUCGCGGAACUCUUUCUUCCCUUCUCAAGUCGCGUCAACCCUCGUUUUUGUCCGAGGGCGAACUCAGAGGGGUUGUCAAGAGUUUGGUGGACGCCCUCGUCUAUCUGAAAAAGGAGCGUGUUCUACAUCGGGACCUCAAAGCCAGCAAUAUAUUGCUUACAGAAGACUUUCGCAUUAAACUCUCCGAUCUUGGUCUGGCGACACAACUGCCUUCAGCUGAUUGCACCGCGUCGACCUUCUGUGGUUCUCCAAACUAUGUUGCGCCAGAGGUUAUCUCUCGUAGACCUUACUCCUUUGGCGUGGAUGUGUGGUCUCUAGGCUGUCUCAUGGUGACAUGCAUGACAGGUAUUCCUGCAUUCGAGGCGCCCUCCGUACACAAUAUAUUUCAGAACAUCUGUCACGUAAGUUACACGUUACCUGCGAGCACAUCGCCAGAAGCCAAAGACCUAAUUUCUUCUCUACUUCGACUUAACCCAGCCGAUCGGAUCCCUCUGCAACAAAUUUUACUACACUCAUUCUUUCAUCCUUCACUGCCUGUAGUGCCUCUUUCCCUCUCAUCCUUUCAUUCCGAGAAACAACCAGCGAUACACAUCGAAAAUAUCCCUCCACCUUUCAAACCAAGACCCGGAAGAUACCCAGACACACUGUCCAAGGUGCCGAUGUCUCAGAAGGAACAUCCGCUGACAGGACCGGUCUUGAACAAGCCAAGGAAUCCCAUGGCAAGUAUUACCAAUCGCAAUUCACGAGAUCUCUUGAGCAAUGAGCUUUUGCAACCACCCGGCCAUGAUCUUACUAGGCGGGUGCUCUCCGCGCCGCAACCUGGGCGGGUGUCGACAUCAGACUUUGGCGUCCCUGCAGUCUUCUCGAGGAUCCAGUCUGUUCCCACGACACCUGCCUUGACUGCUGACUUGGAGUCUUUGCCAUCCAUGAAGACCAUCGGUACUCUGAGGGAUGACUAUUCAUCUGAACCGGGCCAGGACCGAGUACCGAUUCAACAUCUCCUUUUGUCUUUACCUAAAGAACUCAACGGUGAUAAUGUCGUAAAACAACGACCGAGGAAGUACUUCUCUAAUGCUGCGGAUUCUGACAAAAGAUUCACUCCCGUUACUUCUGGCCCCCCUGCGGUCUCCGGGGAUAAACUUACUGGAUGCCUUCCUCAGCCAGGGUUAGGCUCACAUCACUCGCGUCCCUUCUCUCAGCCAGCUUCUGCCGUUCCCUUUGGGAGUGCUCGACCGAGUGUCUUUACCACCUCCUACCUGGCUCCUCAGACACACAAGAUUGCUCAUGGGCAACUUGUCGUCCUACCUUCACUAUCCCUUCUAGUGGACUUGCGCGAAGGCGAGCGGAGAAAAGGUAGGAAAGGCGACGAAGUCCUAGUAAUCAGCUCGGACGGCAAAACGAUUGACAUCUACAGUGCUCCGCAUCUCAGCACGCCGUGUUGCUUGGCCGAGCCUAUUGCAACUUAUACACUUCAAGAUUUACCCACGAGAUACUGGAAACUUUAUGACGAUGCGGGCCAUGUUGUCAAUCAGCUGAAACAACGUAUACCCAAGCUUGCUUUACACAAUCCGGAAAAUAAGUGCACUCUCAUGGCGAACGAACCUCUGGGCGACAUAGAAUUGUUGUUCUCACCUCUCGAAGCGCAUUGCCAGAAGAGCGUGCAAAAAGAAGAAGGUGCACAGAUGCGCAUUCGGCUCCGACGGACAAAGCGCUCUCUCGAGAUUGCCCGUUGCAGUCCUCGGGUGAGCAAAACGGGGACGGAAGAAUGGGUGCGAAAAGUCUUAACGACAGCAUCACGCAGCUUCGACAUCGCAGAAGAGGACUGGGCGGUUUUGGAUCCAAUCGAAAGAAUGGGGCUGGGACAUCUGGCCGCCUUCUUGCGUGUCUGUGAAACAGUCGAAGCUCUCCAAGUGGACGGCAGCGCUCUGCCUCAUGUGCAGUUACAGUUUUCGCCAAGUAUGGACGAUACCCUCCCUCGGCCUAGUGCGAAGCAGUCAAACAACGGACGGCAGCGUCUUGAAGAAGUGCUCAACAGGCUUGAAGGCAACGCAAGCCCCAAAUCGCAGUCGAGUGUGGACGUAAUUGCGCCGUCAUCUACCUGUACGGAACAUGACGAACGACUGCUCUCCGCGAAAUCGGUCCAGCCAUCAUUGUCUCUUCCUCAGCGUCCACCCAAAUUCUCCUAUGCAAUGUCUAGCUACUCGAGCGAGACGCAACCCCCUUCUGACGCGCUCUCUGUUCAAGUUUCUGCCCAUGGUAGCUCAGGCAAUAGAGCGAAGACGUCAUUGACAGCCGGAGGCACAGGAGUACAGACCCGAUUCCUUCCCACCAUAGGGUGGUGUAUCAAGCGUGAAAUUGGCAACGCAGAGCUAUAUCAGAUCAUGUUCCAUGAUGGCGCAUCCUUGGAAGUCGAUCCUGGCGGUGACAGAGUUCAGCUUUCGAGCAGUUUAGGGGACGAUCUGAGAUUGACAUUCAGGGACGCGCUGCGAGACAAAAGGCUCGCCGAACGGAUGGCAGCUUUCGAUAGCUUCGUGGGGUUGUUUCCUAAGUGA